AUGAUCUCACCAGGAACCAUCCGCAAAAAGAGAAACUUCAAGAACCUGGCCCUGGACGAGGCCGCCAACGAGAAUGCCCCUCCCGGUGGAAGUGCCCAUCUGCACAACCUGCCCAUCGGCGGCCAGGGCAGCGCCCGCCGCGAACCUCUGCCGGACCUCGAACUCGGCGUCGAGUUCAAGCUCGAUCUCAGGUCAGAGGACCUCCAGACCAUCUCGGAGCUCGGUGCUGGUAACGGAGGCACCGUCAGUCGCGUGAUGCAUCUCCCCACCAAAUCCAUCAUGGCUCGCAAGGUCAUUCAUAUUGACGCUCAACCUGCGGUCAGGAAGCAGAUUCUGCGUGAGCUCCAGAUCAUGCACGACUGCAAUCACCCCAAUAUCGUCUCCUUCUACGGCGCGUUUUUGCACGAAAGCGAGAUUUCUUACUGCAUGGAGAUUAUGGAUGUCGGAUCACUGGAUGGUAUUUGUGCAAAGAAUGGAGCAUUCCCCAUGGAUGUCAUUGGACUCAUCACGGUCUCUGUGCUCAAGGGACUAAACUACCUCUACACAAACCACAAGAUUGUCCACAGAGAUCUCAAGCCAUCCAAUAUCCUUAUCAACUCUGCAGGACUGGUCAAGAUCUGUGACUUUGGAGUCUCUGGGCAACUUGUGAACUCGAUCGCCAACACCUUUGUCGGAACCAGCAACUACAUGUCGCCUGAGAGAAUUCGAGGAUGGAACUACGGAGUGCAGUCGGAUGUGUGGUCACUAGGUAUCACACUCAUGGAGUUGGCGCUUGGACGGUUCCCUCUGGACGCCGAAUGCAGAUCGCUGACUGUUCUGGAGUUGCUUCAGCACAUUGUUAACGAGCCCCUUCCUACGCUUCCCCGUCGAGACUUCCCAGAGGAUUUCUGCAACUUUGUUGACAUUUGGUAA